AUGCUUUCAUUUGGCGGCAUCCGACAUGCCUGCUCGAACUAUCGUCGCAGUCCCGCAUUUUCACUGAAAGCCCUCUCUCCCAGGUUGCAUCGCGUACGGAGAAUCAACGCCGGCCGUGGACGAACCCUUACCAACCGCGCAAGCAGUCUUGCGGCCGGGCGACGCUCCUUUUCUACAUCGCCGUCGUCAAAGAGCGACUCUACGGCCGAGCCAAAGGAAAACUCCGCAGAAGACGUAGAAAAAGUUGUGCGAGAUGCCAAACAGCGAUUUCGGGAUACUCUGCCCAGCGGGUACUUGAGUGAGCAAGAGUAUGCUCUCUACGAGCGUUUGUACGGGCCCCCCCUGCGAGAAACCGAGCCGGAAGAUGUUGGCAUCCCGACGCAUGCGGACAUGGGCGCUGAGACGCCUCAGCCCAAGGACCAAAGCACGUUGCUGCGACAAGUCGAUGGUGGAGAACUGGAGGAAGUGAUUGGCGCGGUUGAGAGGCAGCAAGGCAAAGCUGACGAAGCUGGAAAAGACGCCGACGAAUCAAGUGAACAAAGCCACCAGAGGGGUUUUGUUGACCGGGCUCCAGGCUACGCGGAUAUGGUAGCUAGGAGUCAGAGAGAGCACGAUGUGCUCCAAAGAUUGGUCCAAGACUUUGAAGCCGCGCACAAGAGUGUUUCAGACCACGGCGACAGAGCAGACGCGGUUGCCGAGGAAGAAGUGGACUCGGAUGAAGCUGCAGACUGGCCGCCUGAAGAAGACGUAGCCCAUCAAGAGAGAGAGUUGGGAGAGCAUCGGCGAUUUCACCGGUAUACGCUGGAUGGACGAUUUCACGGCAGCCCGGUCGAGAUUGCGCUGCCCCGGGAAGAGUUCCUCUUGCCGAUUCGAGGGCUUCUCGAGAGAAGCCACAUGAAGCACGUCAAGCAAGCAGCAGAGGCCGCCUUUGGAGGACCCGGCCUACCUACCUCGCCGUCCACUCCAGAGGGGAAAAGGAAGGGAAACAUGGGAGGGGUCGGCCUUGCGCCCGAUCAACGACACAUGACGGAAAUCGAAGCUGACGCGUUUCUGGCCAGCUACCUGCCUCCGGCGUACGCCUCCAUCAGCUCGAUAUUGAGAGAGGUGCGGAAACGAGUGGGCAGCGAGUGGAUUCAGUCUCGCCUGAAGCGGGGUGGCGAGGGGGAGGGCUUGAGCGUCCUGGACGCCGGUGGCGGUGGAGCCGGACUGGUAGCGUGGGAGCAGAUUGUCGGGGCUGAAUGGGCGCUCUUGAAGGACAAGGGCGAGGUAGGAGGGCCUAGGCCGGCGGGAAGGAAGACGGUGAUUGCUUCCUCGGACCGGCUCCGACACCGGCUCAAGACGUUUCUGGACAAGACGACGUUCCUGCCGCGCCUGCCGGAUUACCAGCACUCUGGAGAAAUGCAGGGCAAGCACCUCGACGCGGGAGCCACGGCGCAGCCGCGCAAAAGCUUCGACCUCAUCAUCGCGUCCCACCUGUUUCUCAAAGAGAAGCAGGAUCACUACCGGCAAGCCGUCCUCAACAACCUGUGGAGCUUGCUGAACGCCGAGGGAGGCGUCUUGGUGGUGAUUGAAAAGGCGCACCCGCGAGGGUUCGAAGCCGUGGCGCAUGUCCGAGACACCAUCCUCAAGCGGUUUCUCCUGCCGCAGGCCGGGCAGCCGCAGCCGAGAGCGGGCAGCGGCACGGAAGAGCUCAACCCGGCGUAUCAUCGCGAGCUGGAGCAAGGACACAUUGUGGCUCCCUGCUCCAACCACGGGACGUGCCCGAUGUACAAGACGGCCGGCAAGAGCAAGGGCCGCAAGGACUACUGCCACUUCAACCAGCGCUUCGUGCAGCCACGGUUCUACGCCCAGGUGGUGGGGAAGCAGGCGAGCAAGCAAGGCGAGGUCGAGUUCAGCUACGUGGCGGUGCGCAGGGGCGUGGCGAGGAAGAGCGGCGCCACGGGCCGGGACGCGACGGAUCGGGCGUUUCGCGGGUACGAGAGCUCGGAGCAGGCGCCGGACAUGCAGACGCUGCCGCGGCUGGUUCUCCCGCCGCUGAAGCGCAAGGGCCACGUGACGCUGGAUCUCUGCACGGCCGCGGGGGACAUUGAGCGCUGGACGGUGCCCAAGAGCUUCAGCAAGCUGGCGUACCACGACGCGCGAAAGUCGCGAUGGGGGGACCUGUGGGCGCUGGGGGCCAAGAGCAGAGUCUGGCGCGGCGUGCGGGUCGGGAGUGGAAGCGGCGCGGACGUGGGCGGCGACGGGGGACAGCGAGCAGCAGCAGCAGCAGCAGCAGCAGGAGGAGGAGGAGGAGGAGGAGGAGAAGCCGCGGCGGAUGGCAAGAAGAAGAGGCCGCGCAGCAAGGUGGGAGCCGCCGCGGACGAGGAGAAGGCGCUCAAGGAGAGGCGGCCCAAGACCAGAGCCGCCAAGCAGCGAGACUUGAUGCAGGAGCUGCUCGACGCGGAGGCGCGGGUAGAGGCGGAGCUGGACGAAGAGUUGGACGCGGAGGCGGAGGCGGCGUGGGAGGAGGCGGCAAACGUGGGGGGAGGGCGGCAGAGCGUUGACGAGGGAGGCGUGAAGACGCAGCGCCGUGGGAUUUGA